AUGAUGAUCUAUCGGGGUGUUCUUGUGCCAAUCGCUGUCGCUCUCCUUGGACACUUUGUGACGAAUGGUGAUGAGGGGCUUUCCACGACAACACACAGAAAUGUUCUCGAUCACGUAUGCUACCGCGAAGAGAACUUCACCGAACUUGAGGAGCGACGUGUGACGCAGCCUGUGCGAAUUCGAUCUCAUGUGUGGUGCCUUGAAUUCCCACCAAGAUGUGCGCACUACCGCACAGAAAUGAAGGAGAUCAUCAAAUGGCAGAACGUCACGAAGACACGGCUCGUGGAGCACUGUUGCGAUGGCUACGAAGAGGUCACCGAGGCCAAUGAGAUCAUUUGCAAGCCCAUCUGUCCCGAUGGCUGCCGGCGGGGGUUUUGUCAUCAACCUGGGAUGUGUGUUUGCAAUCCCGGAUGCCAAAAUGGGGGUUACUGCGACAGCAAGAAGGGGGAAUGUCGCUGCCAGGAGGGAUGGAGUGGAGAAGGCUGCGAAGUUUCUUCAACGGGAACCUCACCUGUGUCCCAAAUUACCCCAACAACACCCCUUAAACUCCUUCCAGUCACAGAAAUAAUUCCCAAAAGUACACCAUCGACCAUUGAGGAGCUAAAUUCAACCCUUGUAGACCUCGCUGAUAACAUUGAUAAGCUAAAACAGCAGCUAAAUACAACACAGACAACACAGAGCGAUAUAGCCCUGUUGGAACUACACACAACACUUCCGGAUAUUGUUAUAGCGCACCAGGAAGUUGUCCCAGCUGAGGAUCAUCUUGUUGAAAUGGGAACAGGCUCUGAGAUUCUAGUUCUUAGCAAUUGGGACUUGAAUGGAACGCUCAUCAAGAAUGCCAGCGAUGCAGGAGCGAGUGAAAAUGGCAAUGAGAGCAGUACCAUUGCCCUCCUGGCCACAAGCGUCUUCCUAUCCGUUGUCCUGCUCCUUCUCUUCGUCGUCCUUCUCUACUGGAAGCGCAAACUCGAAGCCCAUCAUGCGAGACGUUCUAGUACCGACAGCAAUGCAAGUAUUCAGGGAAAGGACACCCUAAGUGGGAAGAUUGUAAACAAACCCCUUCCGGAGAUUCCCUUCACGGACAUAAAUAAAAGCAAAACGUCGCCUCAUCGAAAGAGCGUCCAAUUCGUCGAGAGUCCCAUCCUGCACUACAAAGACUCCGCAGCAGAGCAACCAAAGGACGCUACUCCUACGUACAGCUACCCAUCUACAGCCUCACAAUCAUCCACACAAUCAACGAGGGAACAUUUGUAUGAUGAAAUUAAAUAUCCCAUCUUCACAAGUGACGUCAUACACGUUUGAUAAGCAUUUUCGUGCAUUUCUCAGAAAAAAAAAAUCUCCUUUUGGUGUUUAAUCCCUCCAUGUUGAUUUUUUCCACAUUCUCAGAAAAAAAUGUUCUUUUUGAUUAAAGUAAAAAAAAAGAAGCCAGAAUAAAUCCCGAGAAAAUUGCAAAUGACUCUUAUUUCUCUCUGGUAUGAAGCAAAGAAGCGAUAAGGCUUUGGA